AUGAAUGACCUCCCUCCCGCCUCCUGCAGCGCCGGCGGCGAUGGCGCGCUCUGCGAGACGCCGGGUUUCCGUCGGGAACUGACCAUUGGCGCGGUGUCCCUACUGUGUCUGAGCCGCGGCAAUGCCUUCCUCCUGGCAGGGCUGCCCUCUUCCGGACAGACAACCCUGGCCUACCACCUGAUGUAUGGCCGGCCGGCAUGCGCCGCGCGUCGUGACUCCGGCAAGCCAGCCCUGCAGACGGUUGCCUCGCUGGCGGUCCUGGACGCACGGGUCCAGCUGCCGGCCAGCCUGGACACUGGCACCGAGCCCGGCGUCCCUGGCCCGGCCAUUCGCCUGCUGGCGGUCCCGGCCCGGCCAACCCUUCGUCCCCGGUGCCAGGAGUACCUGCGCGGGGAGGGGCUCGGUCGCGAGGGCGCUGCCUCGCGCCUUGGCGGUGUGCUUUUCACCGUGGCCGGCUCCACCAUCCUGGCCCCCGGCACCAAGGGGGCCACCUCCUCGGUGUCCAUCGAGCAGGUGGGCGAGGCUCUCUUUGACCUGCUGCGCCAGUGCUCCGCCCGGUCGCUGGCCCUGCAUGUCCUCCUCACCAAGAUGGACCAGGUUGCUCCGGAUGGCCAGUGGCAGGAGGCCUUCGGCGAGCGCGUUCGCACGGUCUUCUCCAAGGAGCUUCGGAGCCAGUUCAAGACCCGUGACUCCCUGAAUGCCAUCUCCAUUUCGGCCGGCGAGCGUCUGGACCUGGAGCCUCUGGCCGCGGCACUCGGCGCCCCGGGCGGGCAUCUGCAGCCCAUCGACUUCGACGGGCUCGGGAUCACCUUCGGCUUUGCGGGGGGUCUGGGCCCGGAGGCUGCCAACCCUGAUGCCCCGCUUUCCUGGUAUCCGGACCUGCGGGCCUUCUUCGAGGCGCACUCCACCAACUAG